AUGAAGGAAGAUGAAUAUGACAUGUCAAAAAUGGACAACCUUCUGUCACCUAGCAGCGGUGAUUUAGAGAUGAAGUUUAGCGAUGGGAUUAUGAGCAAAGAGACAGAAAUUGACUUGGAUAAGAAAGAGGAUAAGAAUAAAAAUAUAGUGCGAAGAAUGAUAGAUUCUUUCAAACCUCCAUUGGAUGGUUCUUACCAUUCUGAUAAUUUGAAACGGAAGUUGAAAUCAAGACAUUUGAUCAUGAUUGCCAUUGGCGGUUCCAUUGGUACAGGUCUCUUCGUUGGUUCAGGUAAAGCUUUGGCCACUGGUGGGCCUUUAGCUAUGAUCAUCGGUUGGUCGAUUGCAGGUUCGCAGAUGGUGGGUACAAUUCAUGGCCUUGGUGAAAUUACCAUGAGAUUUCCUGUUGUUGGUGCGUUUGCUAACUAUUCAACUAGACUUCUUGACCCCAGUAUCAGUUUCAUGGUUAGUUCCAUAUACAUCUGUCAAUGGUACUUCGUGCUACCGAUUGAAUUGAUCGCUAGUGCCAUGACUGUGCAGUUUUGGACUACCAAAGUGGAUCCUGUGGUGUGGGUAGCAAUAUUCUACGUUAUCGUCGUUAGUGUAAACCUUUUCGGUGUCAAAGUCUUUGGUGAAGCAGAGUUCGCUUUUUCGUUGGUGAAAGUUAUCACGAUUAUCGGGUUUAUCAUCCUUUCUAUUAUUCUCAUCUGUGGUGGGGGACCUGAUCAUCGUUUCAUCGGUACUGAGUAUUGGCAUCAUCCUGGUGCGUUGGCAAAUGGAUUCAAAGGUGUAGCUAGUGUUUUCGUCACCGCAUCAUACAGUCUUGGAGGGUCUGAAAUGGUAUGCUUAUGUUCUGCAGAGACCGAUCCAAAGGAAUUACCUCAUGCUAUCAAACAAGUGUUUUGGAGAAUCGUUUUCUUCUUCUUGGUCUCUUUAACUUUGGUUGGGUUCUUGGUUCCAUACACAAACGAGAAUUUGUUAGGUGGAUCCAGUGUCAACAAUUCCCCAUUUGUCAUUGCCAUUAAACUAAGUGGGAUCCGUGUGCUACCUUCCAUCAUCAAUGCUGUCAUUUUAAUCAGUAUCCUAAGUGUCGGUAAUUCAUGUAUCUUUGCAUCAAGUCGUACUCUUUGUUCAAUGGCUCAUCAGGGCCUCAUUCCAAGAGUGUUCGGUUACGUUGAUAGAGCAGGAAGACCACUUGUGGGAAUCAUCGUUAACUCUUUGUUUGGUCUCUUAGCUUUCCUAGUAAAAUCUGCAUCGAUGGGGGUCGUUUUCGAUUGGUUAAUGGCAAUUGCUGGGUUGGCUACAUGUGUCGUAUGGCUGAGUAUCAAUAUUUCCCACAUAAGAUUCAGACUUGCAAUGAAGGCACAAAAUAGAUCCCUUGAUGAAUUGGAAUUCAAAAGUUCAGUCGGCGUAUACGGUUCUAUUUACUCAGCUACCGUCAACAUAUUAAUUCUCAUUGCGCAAUUCUACAUCUCUUUAUGGCCAGUAGGUGGUUGGACGUCAAGCCAACAAAGAACAGAGUCAUUCUUCAAGAACUACUUAUGUGCCCUGGUUUUGGUGUUUGUCUUCGUCACCCAUAAGAUCUAUUUCAAAUGUUCAACUGGAAAAUGGUUUGAUUUCAAACCACUUGCAGAAAUCGAUUUAGAAACUGAUAGAAAAAAUAUCGAUAUCGAAAUCGUCAAGCAAGAGGUCAGGGAAAGAGAAAUGUAUCUGGCAAGCAAGCCUUGGUAUAUCAGAUUCUACAACUUCUGGUGUUGA